AAUGGGAAUACGUGCGGGUAAUUACAAAAUCUUGCUUUCAUAUUAUUGCUAAUUUUUCUUCUGAUCGCAUUAACUUAAAACGAUAACCUUUCCAUUUUUUUUAGCCGAGUUAGGGGCAUCUUUGUUAACAUUACCAAUAUAUUAUACUUGGAAUGAAUAUUUACAUCCUAAAACACUUAUAAAAAUAUUUUUUAUGGAUUUUUUACCGUCAAUAUUAGAAAAAAAGAUUGAUAUGUACACACAAAGUUAUUCUAUAGGCAUUAUGACUUUAUCCAUUUUAAUGAUGAUUAAAAAAGAUACUCAGAAUGUAGGUGGAGUUGAUGUUAGUAUUGAUGAAAUUGUUGGCAUCAAUAAUAAUGUUGAUGGCACUAAUGAUAUUCUUAUGAUGGAUGCUAUCAUUUCGGAAGAGAGAAUAGGGGGUAUGGAAGGAGUAGGUGGAACAAAAGUUGAAAUUGAAGACUUUACCAAAUUUGUUUUAUCUAUAUUUAAACAAGAUAGGGAUAAUGCUGAUAGUGAUAAUAUUGAUAGUAAAGUAAUUCAGAAUGGAUCAAAAAAGAUUGAUGAUAAGGUAAAAAAUGAGAGUGAACCUAAAUUAAUCAAUGGACCCGCAAAAGGAUUUAUUGAUGCUUUAUUAAUACAUGAAGAUAUUGUACCAGAAUUAAAAUCUUUAGUUAAUAAAUGAAAUAUUGAUUGUAUGAAUUACAUGGAUAUUUUCUUAUGAAUUUUAUAUUGUAUUUAGAUUCUAGUUUAAAAGUUAUUAUUAAACUCAAA